AUGAGUAAAAACUUUACGGACGUUUCUGUAGAUCCCUCUGUUAAAGUUAUCGAGGAAUGGAUCAAUUUUCCAGAGGGUGAGGAAUAUUAUACUAGAACUUGGAAGGCAGUAUCCGAUAAGCCUAUUGCUACAGUAGUAUUCAUUCAUGGUUUUGGAGAACAUAUUAAACGUUAUAAUCAUGUAUUUGAUAAAUUCGGAAAAAAUAAUAUUGAAGUUUUUGCUUAUGAUCAACGUAGUUUCGGUGAAACAGCUGUAAAAUAUAAUAAUCAUGGUAGUUCUGGUGGUUGGAAAGUUAUUGAAGCCGAUAUUACUCAUGCUUUAACAUCUCAACGAAGAGAGGGAAUUCCUCAAUUUUUGAUGGGCCAUAGUAUGGGAGGUGGUUUUACCUUACGCUACGCCUGUGAAGGCGAUGAAAGGCACAAUUUAGCAGGUUAUAUCAGUUGCUCUCCUUGGAUUCGACUAUCACACUACACUAUGCCUAUAUUACAGGGUGUCGGAGUAUCCUUUCUUCCUAUUGUUACCAAGUUAUUCCCCCAUAACAUUACCGAUGGUACGAUGAUAGUUAGUAAUAUGAAUCCAGAAUAUAUUUCUCGUGAUCCAGCUCAAGUUGAAAAAUACAAAAAGGAUGCUUUAAUUAGUAGUAAGGUGUCCAUACUUACACUUGGAAAUUUGAAAGAUAGUGAAAACUCUAUCUUGAAAAAUAAUUAUAAAAAAAUGUCCUUUCCAAUGUAUAUUGCUCACGGUUCCGAUGACAAGGUUACUGAAAUAAAUGCUUCUAAACGAUUUCUCGCGAAGAUUAAAUCCGCUAAUUUAAUGUUCCGUGAAUGGGAAGGUCGCUAUCAUGAACUGCAUAAUGAUUAUGGUAAUACGGAAGUUAUCCAGAGUUACAUUCAAUGGAUUUUUGAACAG